ACGCGGCGCAUCGAAAUGCGGAUGCGUAUUUUUAAUGACAACGUGUCGACGGCAGAGGAACUCCGGCAGCCACCCACGAAGCUCCACAUUUGCGACGGGGCAGAAAUUGAAUGCGCGCCUUGUGACCGCAGCGACGCGCUAAGCUUGACGGCCAGUGACGGCCUGGUGGAGGCUGAAGGCAGCAACGAGUAUGCAGGGAUAGUGGAGGAAAUAGAGCGCUGGCUGCAGGGCGCAACAACCACUACGCCGGGUGCAUGGGAGAACCAAUCCGGAGUUGACCCUUUGCCAGCGGCCUUAGUCGACGAUAUUGAGGCGCAUUUGCAGCAGCCACAGCAGCGGCGAGGACGGCGGUCUUUUCGGCGCGACAUCGAUGGCAACAGCUACAGGGUAAGAAUUUCGCGCACAGGCACGGUGACAGUAAGUCUCAUUGCGG